AUGGCAUCUCAUUUGGCUAACAUAUUUGGAACAGAGCAGGACCGCGUAAACUGCUCUUUCUAUUACAAAAUCGGCGCCUGCCGACACGGAGACAGGUGUUCCCGCAAGCAUAUCAAGCCUCCGUUUUCCCAGACCAUUCUCCUUCCAAAUGUGUAUCACAACCCAGCCCAUGACCCCGUCUGCAAACUCACUGAAAAGGAACUGCAAGAAGGCUUCGAUGCUGUUUACGAGGACCUGUAUUGCGAAUUGACCAAGUUUGGCCACCUCCUGGAGCUUCAUGUCUGCGACAACGUGGGUGACCAUCUCAUUGGUAACGUGUAUGCCCGAUACGAGUGGGAGACGGAGGCGCAAGCUGCGGUGGAUAAUUUAAACGAGCGCUGGUAUGCGGGCCGACCACUCUAUGCUGAGCUGUCACCGGUGACCGACUUCCGUGAGGCAUGCUGUCGCCAAAACGAAAAUGGCGAAUGCAAUCGUGGUGGAUUCUGUAACUUCAUGCAUUUGCGUCUAGCUUCAAAAGAGUUGGUUAGAUCCCUUCGUCAUGGCCAGCGGCUCGAACGCCGGAUAAACCCGCCAAAAACGACUGGUGGUGCUGGGGGCUGGGAACCAACGAAGCGUCGGAGUGCAAGUCCUCCUUCUCGCAGGGGCCACAACGGCGAAGAUCGCUGGACACGCAAGUAA